CUUCCCCCUCAGCCUCUCUUCUCCCCUCAUGUCUCUCCUGUACCCUCUUCAGGCUUCCUUCUACUUCCCUGUCUCCUCACUUCUCCAGCCCGCCAGCCUCCCCCAGCCUCCUCCGUCCGUCCGUGUGUCCCAGGUGUGCGGGAGGCAGGGAAGGACUGAGCACAGGAGACAGGAGGAGGGAGGGGGAGAGCAGGAAGCAGUUAGAGGGGAGAGGCUCUUAUUUUGACAGCGGGCAGGCAGAGCGGCUGUAGGAUCCAGUGUCUUCCCACAUCCGAGAUCAGAAACCCCAGGGAGCGGGGUUAUCAGUCCUGCGACGCCGGGAGGGGGAUCAACCUUCCCGGGGUCCCCCUCCGUUCUCUCCCGACACAUGCCCGGACAGUAAGCGAGGAAGUGCCGGGCAGCCUGGUUACAUGUCCGCCGUGCCCUGCAGCUUGGAGGAGGGGGCAGGAUGAGAGGGGGCACCACGCUCGCCUCAGCUGCGGCUCUCUCUCCCCCUCAGCCCCCUAGCUGCGGAUGCUGAGAGGGAGAGAGGGGAAGCUCGGAAUCCCCUACAGGAGGCCGGAGACACAGAGAAGAUGGGAGGCCGCAGGGGAGAGCACUGAGGAGAGGUGCGUCUUAUGGUCAGGUGCGUCUUAUGGAGCGAAAAAUACUCAGUGAACAAGCAAACGCUUAUCACUGGGCCUAUUACAGAGGGACAGGGAUAAGGUUGUGGAGAAGUACAAAGCAGAGGUGAAGUAGAAAGCAACUUUUCCCAUCUCUAGAUGUGUAUAGCUCGUAGAGACAUACCCUUGAAGGGAAAGAUGGUUCUACCAGGUUGUUGAUGUCCCUCUUAACAUCAGUGUAAUUCUCUGCCAAUCAAAUGCACCCUGAAAGCAAACUGACCAAUCAUGGGAAGGCAUCAAGCAAUGGUGGACAAUCACAGCCUGCAAAUGUGAGCCAAGGAUCUAAAGGGACAGGGCUGCUUGGCCCCAAACCCAAUCACAUGUCACCAAGUGGUGUGGGUCUAAAAACCACACAGAACCAGGGUCCAAACCAAGGGAACAGGCAAAGAGAGUCUGCUGGAGAGAUAGCAGACCAGAAAGAGCCAGGAACCCCCUCUUUGGACCCAGAACCAAAAGGAGAGUUACUCCCACGAAGUAAGAGACGUUGCGUUUUGGAACGUAAACAGCCAUACAGUGGAGACGAGUGGUGUUCAGGACCAGACAGUGAAGAGGAUGAGAAGAAUCUUGUAGUUUCUCACAACUGUAGUGUUAGUGAUUCUGCAAUAUCCGCUCCUACAGUGCCAGGAUCAGGAUCAGCUUCCCUUCCAGGACUCAAUGACUCCAGUUCUUCCAGCACAACCCAUGGGGCUAGCCAAAGCUUACAUGGAGAGGGAGGAGGGCCAGGAGGUCCAUCCAAGGCUCCCUCCCAAUACGUUUAUGUCUUCACAACAUAUUUGGCAAACACGGCAGCCGAAGCUGUUUUACAAGGCCGUGCAGAUUCCAUUCUGCUUUACCACCAGCAAAAUGUUCCUCGAGCCAAGCUGGAUGAGGAUGUACUCCAGAAACCACCCAGCACUCCAGAGACAGCAGGAGAGAAUUCUGUGCCCACGCUACCACCUUUAACUUCACCUGCACCAGCCGAUCAUCAAACAAGCACACCGAUCCAGGCUCCUCCCAGUGUCUUACAAACUGAAGCAGCAGUGGAGGAGACAAGACAAGAAUUGACCCCAAACACAGUGGGAAAUAACAAUAGCCGCCCUGCCAGUAGCCACUCCAAUCCGCCACCUGCAUCUUCUGCCCCUUUACCUGUCGAUGACCCUGGACUUCUGGAAACUACGCAAGAGACCACAGUGACACUGAACACAGAGGGUCUUUCAAGAGAGCAGCUGGAACAUCGGGAACGUUCACUUCAGACUUUGCGGGACAUAGAAAGGCUGUUACUUAGAAGUGGUGCUGAUAGUGAGUCAUUUUCAAGGCAAAACACAAGUCCAGUAGAAGGAUCUGUACCUUCUCAUCCUCCUCCUCAUGUUCCCUCAAAUCCACCAACCCCAAUAAAAAAGUACGAAGAACCCCUGCAGUCAAUGAUCACACAGACUCAAAGUUUGGGAGGUCCAGGAAUGGAGCAAGAAAUGGGAGGUCCUCCAUCAGGACCAGACAUGGGUCAUCAGAUGAGUCUUAUGAUGCAGAGGUUAGGACAAGACAGUCUUACACCAGAGCAGGUUGCAUGGAGAAAACUUCAGGAGGAAUAUUAUGCUGAGAAAAGGAGGAAGGAAGAGCACAUGACUAUACAUGGGAGGUCAGCACCUGAUUUGAUACUCCGGGGACCUCCUCCACCAUAUCACAACAAGCCUGGUGAACAGUGGGUUGGUAAUCGGUUACCUGGACCCCUGGAGGGACAGGAAGUCAUGCAAAUGAGAGGUGGAGGGAUAACAUUCCAGGGUCCAAGAUUUCCAGGUAGAUAUGGACUCAUGCAAAAUAUUCCAAUGGACACCAUGGGAACUAUGCAGAGACCAGGUAGAUGGCCUGAAGAUAUGACACCAAUGGGUGGUGGGCAAGGCAGCUUUCCACAAAGUGGAAUGGCAUACCCAGGAGGAGGUCAAGGAGAGGUGGAGAGUUUUUUAAAUCCUUCUACCCGUGAUGAGUUUUUGAGACAACAGCUUUUAGAGAAACGUUCACCUGUUAUGCAGAGACAGUUGUCAGUACCCAGUGGACAAGGCACAGAUAUGGAACGAAUGAUCAUUCAACAGCGUCCAGGUGACCCUUCUAUGUUUCAAGGAGAUGGUUUAGGUAGUGACUCUACCAUAGGCAUGGAUUUUGGAGGGUCCCGACACAUGGUAAGCCCCACCAUGGGUCGUCCAGGACUAGGCAGGGAACUGGAAUCAGCAGGAGGAAGUGGAAACCUCAAUAUGAACAUGAGUGUAAACAUGAAUAUGAACCUUAACCUUCAGAUGACGCCCCACCAACAGAUGCUACUGUCCCAGAAAAUGAGGAAUGAUCUAAUAGGUUCCCAAGCAGGUGUAGGAUCAGAAGAGAUGGUUCGGUCAGCACGAGUGCAAAAUGGCAGUGGAAUGACAGGCGGUGGCCAGAAGAUGGUAGUUCAAGAUGGUGUACCAACCCAGAAUCCUUUAUCCUUGAUGAUGUCACAGAUGUCUAAGUACGCCAUGCCUAGUUCCACCCCAUUGUAUCACAAUGCAAUUAAAACAAUUGCUACAUCUGACGAUGAUCUACUACCAGAUCGGGUUCUCCUUCCACCUGGUAGUCAGCAAGGCCCGGGGAUGAAUCCUCCUAUUUCUCUGCAUUUGAAUUUAAGUUCUGCACAAAGCCCAAUAGGAAACAUUGGUCUCCAAGGACAGCCACCACUCUCUCAUGAACCCCCUAAUUCAAUGCUCAAUUCACCUGGUCCUCCCAUGCACCCAUCAAUUGGCCCUAUUCAGACACCUUUGAUGAUUCCUUCUGUGAAUCAGGACUCUUGUUGUCCUGGUCCUGGUUCACAAAUGAUGUCCUCCAACCCAUUGGUCUUCCCACCACGUCUGCAGCCGGGUCCUCCACACAAUCCACCUUUACCACAAGGAGGUGUAAAUAAUUCCAUGCAGCAACACUAUCCAGAUGAAACACCUAAUCAACCCCGUCUGCCUCCCAGAAUAACAGAACACUACGGCCCUGGUCUUCCUGCCAUGCUCACAGACCCAGAACUAGGAGAAGUAAUCCGACCAUCACCCAGUGGUAUUCCAGAAUUUGACUUGUCCCGUAUCAUGCCAUCGGAAAAGCCAAGUAGUACUCUGCAGUACUUUCCAAAAGGGAGUACACAACCCCCAAAACCACACCCUACUAAUAUGCACCUUCUUGGCCUGCAGAAUAUGAUGGUUGAGCAACAUUCGGGUCGUUCAGGCCCAAGUCUUCCAGGCCCACAAAGAACCCUGGGAAUGCCACCUAUGCACCCUAUGGGUAGGACAGGAAUGGCACCCCCUUCUCAGACAGUACAACAGAACUUCAUGUUAAUGAAGCAGCGGAGUGUGUCAGGAGAGAUGUACCCCCAGAGUUCUAGUAUGUUGUCUCCACAGGGUGCUCUUGGUGGGCAUUUGCAUGGACAACAAAGCAUGAUGGUUGGACACCAAAUGAGACAACGGAGUGUAUCCUUAGAUACAUAUAUCCCAGGACCAGGACACUUACCAUUUUAGUGUCAGAGACUCACUAGCACCAACCUAGUUCUUCCUUUCAUAAUUCCAUUUAAAGUUGGCAUUCAAGGCUGGAAGUCUAUAGCAGCUUCCUUGGCUAAAAACAUAUUCUUUAAAAGAAAAAUGUUAAGAGGUUGUCCACUUUUGAUUGUGUCUCCUGAGCUACAGUGUGUGUUAGGGUUGGAAAACUAUAUCUUUUCAGUGCAACCUCUAAUCUUACCGGAAAUCAGAAGAUCCUUCUAAACUAUAGAUAGUUAGGUUUGGCUUUACUAUAUACCAGCAUUUUUUUUCAUGAAGUCCUAGCAGAUUUAGAUAAAAAUGUCUUCUAUGAAAGCAGAAUGUGAUGUUCUGUCACCUUGGAAGACUGUUACCUGAAGAAAACGCUAACCCAUCUAAGGGAUGAUAAGCAUAAAAGUAUUUUUCUGUAAUGAAAUUAUUGUGCUAUCUGUUUGCCUUUUCAAUAGUUCUAUCCUUUGUAAUUGUCUCAAUAAAGUCUUUGGUUGCACAUCACUAGAAUAUGCUAUCAAAGUCCAACUGGUGAGGGCUGACCACUGUGUCCAACACUGAAUGUUAUAAAUAAGUGGCAGUGAGGCAAGGAACAUUCUGUGACGGUUAACAUCUUGUUGGCCCAGGCACUUUCUGGGUGCUUCAUGCUCUCCUAUUUGAGUCAUUGGCUGACCAUUUGGCCUUAUGAUAAAGUGGACUUGAGACAAAGCUUUCCUAUCACUGCUGCCAUUUUGUUUUAGUGGUCAGACAUGGGAAGAGGUCAGCCCCAGCAUGAUUAGAUAUUGACAGCAUAUCCUUGUGUCAUAUGCCAUCUAUGUCUAAAAUAAGCCAUUAAUUCAGCAUUUUAAUUUCAUUAAUGAAUUAACAAUUUAAUUUGAUCCAUCAUUUAGCAUCAUCUGAUCAUCUAUUUCUAUAAAACUGUUUGGCAUAUAUUGUUUAUCAAUUUCUCUUGUCUUCUUUCAGUUCUGCCCCUAAUACCCUGCUCCUAAUACACAUUCAAAUUAUCUACACACUUUGGUGGUCACAACACUCUUUGGUAGUUAUUUGUAAGCUUUUUAAAAAAUUGGAUAAAAAACAAUGCAGCAUUUAGAAACUGGAAUAUUUCCAUUAUUGAUUUUCAGUAUCUGCUUUUGGAAGGCAUAUGAAUUGACGAUAUUUGCUUUACUGCUCUAGUUUUAUAUCUUGUAUCAUUUCCAUGGUUCAUUUUUCUAUUACGAACCUUUCUCAUUCUUACUUUUAUCCUUUGACUUAUGUAUUUAAAGAAAACCUGUCGGUGAAUUAGGAUUUUUUGGAAUCUGUUCACUAUCCAUCUUUGACUAGAAUGUGCAGUUGUACCCACUGAAUGGUUUAAUGAAACACUAAACUGUGGGCCAGAAGAAAUUUGCUAUACCCCAUUUCCCCCCCCCCCCCCCCCCCACCACCAAAAAAAACUGUCCUUUAGGUAUGAUUUCUUUUUGCAUUACUGAUGGCCUAAGGGGAGUUAAAUAUAUGACAAACAUUUUUAAAGAUCCCUGAUCAGUUAGUCACAUAUUUUGUAUGUCUUGCAUCAUAGCAUAAUUCAUAUAACCAUUUUCUUGCUUUUAACAUCUUCUUAGCCAAAAGCAUUUGGACACCAUGUCUAAAUAGUGAAUUUGGCCAUUUAAACCAAAUCCAUAGUGACCAAGUGCAUAUAUUCAAUUGAAGCAUCUAGACAUGCAAUCUAAUGAUAAAUAUAGGAAAUUCAAUGUCUCUAAAUAUAGCAUUGUCACAGUAUGCUUCUUGUCUAAAGGUUGACAUACACUUUAGACAAACGUUGGCCAUACCUGCCAACUUUGGCAGAACAGGCUGACUGUGUAAAGUGUAUGGUGGUCGCCUAACUCUUCCCCGACAGAUUAUGUUACAGUUCAGAAGGUUCAGGCAAGCUGCAUUUUAGCUGCCUGUCUCUUUUACUUUUGGAGAGAUAAGCUGCCAGCAGGACUGUCCAGCAGCUUACCCCUCUUUUUUUCACAGAUAACACAUGAAUGUUCGGCUGUGCUAUUAAAUGUGUAUGGCCACUUCAAAGGUGGGCUUCUUUCUGGCUGAGGUUUCCCUCUAGUGUUAAACUGGACCAGAAAACACUGCAUUUUGUGAACCCACAUGUUGAUAGUUGCCUAUAGGUCUGGUGCCUAACCCCAUUUCAGCAAACUGAGUGCAGCGGGAACACUGGCUCAUCCAUCCAACGAUCAUAUAUGUAACAACCCCCCUUCUGUUAACAAUCAGAUCUAAUUUUGUCUGAAUAGAAUAAAAAUUGUCUGUUCUCAAUUCUAUGACUACCGAGUUCUAAACAGCUUCUGGAAGCAAUGAUAGCAUGGUCAUCUAGAGUUUAUGGAUUUGGUUCACAUAAGCCUGAAGGAAAAAGCAAAUUGUGAUCAGAAAAGGGAAAUAUUAAUGUUUUAUUAUGAUAGUGCCCUGUACAUUAUGUAAAGUCCAUUGACAAGAUUUGGCCAGUUUAGUGUGGAAGAAAUUCACUGGCGCUAUAGAGCCCUGAUUUAGGCUCAUCGUCAAUUUAGUAUAAAUGAACAGCAGUGAACCUGGCAAUGUUCAGAGAGGGCUACUUGUAGUAAGAGCCUUUUACACAGGCUGACGGGCCUGAUAAGUGCCUGUCUUGAUGACAUGCGCUUGUUGCCUUUACAUGGCUCAAUCGAUUGCAGGCUGGGCCACACAGACAUUCAUUGGAUAGUUUGUGUGACCCUUAAGCAUUAUUGUUGUCUGCUGCAUAUUAUCUGAUUACACAACAUAGUGUGACCGAUAAUGUGUUUUUUGUUUGUCAGUUGAUUGCCGGCCCUUUAACAAGGGCUGAUUAUUGGGAAUUAAUCCACAUCUGUAAAAGGGCCUUUGGUGUCAGAGUUUAUGCUUUUGGCUGAGCAGAUGUGAAACUUCUAAACUUUCUGGGGUUAUCAACUUAAAGGGGUACUCCGCCCCUAGACAUUUUAUCCCCUAUCCAAAGGAUAGGGGAUAAGAUGU